CACUGACAUAAAAAAUAAACAGGAUAAUAACUAAUGUAUCUUCUCCAUUACCAAAUGGUUCGAACGGAUAUGUUUACAAAUGAUAUUGAACGUGCGAACGUGUACCCGGAAGUGUAAACAUGGAAGACGGUAUACUUUCAAUCAUAGAAAACGACGAAAUUUUCUCUAAGUUUUUAAAAGAAGCGUUUGAUGUCAAGUCUCACGCAAAUCAAGCAAUACAGAGAGGCGCCAUCACAGACCAGCUAGCAAAGCUUGCAGAGGGAAUUGGGCUGUUGGACAAGGAGAUACACUCUCAGAUUGUUGCUCACCAUGAAGACCUGUUGUCUCAAGCGACUGGAGUGGAAACAUUGGAAGGGAUGCUACAAAUGAUGCAGACACGCAUACAGUCUCUGUUAUCUGCAAUGGACAGAAUUAGAAGUAAAGUGACCGAGCCUUACACAAAGAUAUUGUCGCGGACAGUUCAGCUUCGCAACUUGCAGGAGACAUGUGACCUUCUGCGGCGCAUCAUCAGAAUUCUGUACCUUUCCAAACGUCUCCAUGGUCAACUCCAGGGAGGGGCAAGGGAGAUAACCAAGGCUGCCCAAAGCCUCAAUGAGCUUGACUACAUAUGUGAGGGUGUAGACCUGUCUGGUAUAGAGGUCAUCGAGCAGGAUCGUAGAUUUGUGAAGCAGGCAAGACAGGAAGUAGAGACUCAGGCUCAGAAAAUGCUUGAACAGGGAAUGGAGUCACAGAACCAGGCGCAGGUUGCAACCUCUCUGCAAGUGUUCCACAAUUUGGGUAGCCUGCGCGAGAUUGUGGAUCGUGUGGUGAGGCUUUGUGAGUCGCACCUGGAGAGAGAUGUCACAGCCUGUCUAGAUGUCACUGCUCUGUCCUCACAGCAGACUGGACCUCAGGGAAAAGUGGGCCCAGGCAGGGCGUCCAUGCCAGUGACAGGUAACACUGCGGCAAUGCGUGCCACACUCUGGACCAACAUGGAGAAGCUCAUGGACAACAUCUACAGUGCCUGUGCACAGGUGAAUCAUCUUCAGAAGGUACUUAUCAAGAAGAGAGACCCAGUGACCCAUGUUUGCUUCAUUGAGGAGCUGAAACAGAGUGAGGCAAGUGUGCAGAUUAUGGGAGAUUUUUGGACAAACAUUACGGCACUUAUCAAGAAAAAGUUCAAGACUGCAGCAACCUCCUCCUCAUUCUUGAAACAAGCAUUUGAAGGGGAAUACCCAAAGUUGCUUCGUCUGUACAAUGACCUCUGGAAACGUCUGCAGCAGUUCAGCCUCAGUGUGGAGCUGGAUGCGGUUACCUUGGCAACUGAUCUCAUGGCAGCAGGAGACAACUCGGAUGAGGAUAUCUUCAUGCAGACGUCAAACGUUGACAAGCAGAAUAGUGCAGAGAGGUCAUUACGUGACAGCCUGUCAGACUUUGAGACGGCAUACAUCUCCAGGUCUCUGUCGAGGCUGUUUGAUCCAAUCAACCUUGCGUUCAGCACAGCCUCAUUCAGUCCACCAUCCUCUGAAGAAGUAGACAAUAUCGUUAAAACAAUAUCCAGUGAGCUCAAUGUAGCCAGUGUGGAUUCUAAGCUGUGUGUGACUGUAGCCAAGAACGUGGCCAAGACUGUGAAGAUGUUCUGUGUCAAAAGUGAACAGCUGUUGUGUACGGACGGGGAGGCCAGUCAGGUGAUUGGAGCCCCCACCCAGGGACAGUCACGGAAUGCUGCUGUGGUCAAUACCCUUUAUCAGCUGCACAUUGCCGUUUCCAAGGUGAUGGAUGGGCUGGACCAUUAUCCCCAAGAAGGCAAGGAGUCAAUUGCAGAGUCUCUGAAUGCAAUAGUGCUGCUGAUGAUGAGUGCAGUCCACCUGCUGAUGUCAUCCAUCUGUGAUGCUCUUGAGGCCAUCAUUCUCACCAUGCACCAGGAGGACUUCUCGGGGCCUGCACCCUCCAGGCAGGAGACGGAGGCCCCAUGCUCUCUGUACAUGCGAGAGCUGCAGUACUUUGUAUCACGCUGUCAGUCGGACUACCUCUCACAGUUCAUCUGUGAGCAGUUUAUAAUAGACUGUCUCCAGUCAAUCUGUUGCCGUUGCAUCGAUCUGUUCGUCCGGCAUGCAUGUCUGGUGCGCCCGCUGGGGGAUGGUGGGAAGUUACGCCUGGCUGCAGACUUUGCUCAGAUGGAGCUGGCUAUAUCACCGUUCUGUAAGCGUGCCUCUGACCUUGGCAAGCCGUACAGAUUGCUUAGAGCUUUCAGGCCACUGCUAUUCCAGAAUGUUGAUCACAUCAGUGACAGUCCAGCCCUAGGGGAGAUCAUCCCUCACAGCACUCUGCUUCACUUCCUGUUUGCCAGGGCCCCACCAGAGAUCAAGUCUCCACAUGUUACAGCCGACUGGUCCUUGAGUCGAUACUCUCAGUGGCUGGAUGAUCAUACGUCAGAAAAGGACAGGCUGACACUCAUCAAGGGUAGUCUGGAAGCAUAUGUACAGCAGGUGAAGUCUCGACAAGGGAAGGAGUUUGCCUCCAUAUACCCAGUGAUGUUAAAGAUCCUACAGAGUGGUCUUCAGACUGUGAGCUGAAAUGUGAUCAAAACAGUGUCGUUGACAUGCUAGAAAUUGUGAACCAGUCUGUGAUUUCACUUUAUAUUUCUAAUGAUCUGAAAUUUGGUGAUGAGGUUAUGUAACCCCUCCAAAAGCAUGAGUAUCAAUGAAUGUGUUAGAAUCACAUGUUAGUUACCGGUACUUAUGAGCUGAAGAUUUUUAUGGCUUUGAUUGCCGUGUGAAGGUACAUAACUCUCAUAUUGCCUGUAAGUAAGCAUACCUUGUUGUUUAUGCUUCAAAGUUGAACGUUAUAUAUCGUUAUUAUUCUAAAUAUUCUUUAUCAAAUGUGCUAUCAAAGCUGUUCAUUAAGAUUGAUAUUACAGAUUUUGGUGUUACCGUGUUUACUGAAACUGCAACAUACCAUAGUACUAAAAGAAGACACUCAAUGUAAAUGAAAGUAUUGUCCUACUUUAAAUAUACAUGUAUUCAUUGUAAAUGUAUGACGAAAUACUUGCAUUUGAUGCACUUUGUAACCGCGGUCCUUGUUUAUUUUUGGGGAUUUUAUUAACAUACAUGUACAACAUUGUUGUAUUUGAAACAUUCAUUGAUAAAUGGUGAAAAAUGCA